UUAAUUUAGUUUUUCCUCCCUCGAUACUGCAGUAGUGCACAUUCAGAAUGGCCUGUACGCUAUCUAUCAAGAGUGAUGCGAGCCUUUUUCUUCUCUUCUGAAUGAUGGAGCGUCCAAAAGUCUUGAGAGCAAGUCCGCACAUAUAUAUAGUUGAUGGAGUACAAUUGUAAGUCGUACUAGCUAGCUAGUUAGUACUUAGUAGCUUAUUAUUAGCACGUCUGAAUCUGACCUGCCAGUGCCAGGCUUAUAUACACUACAUACAUACACCUUAACUUGCUUAUUUCUUUGGAGUCCCUUCCUUCCUUCCUUACUUAUUGUUAGUUGUUGUGUUGGCGGCCCCUUGCUCUGCUCUGCUCUCCUCUCUGCUUCUCUUGUCACUGAGUGAGGGAGCCUAGCAAAGCAAAAGGAGCCUUCCCUUCCAUACUUGCUUCCUUGGCCUCUUUCUCUCUAUCUGCAGUACGUGCAAUAAUCACACUUGCAUACUUCAUCCAGCUUCAAUUCCUUUGAGCAACUAGAGGAAGCUAGAAGAAGAUAGCACAUAGGUGGAGUAGUGGAGUGCAAAUCAAAAAUGUCGAUCAAGUACUGCGACCAGCACAAGGACUGCGAGCGGCAGCGUCUUUACCGGCGGUUCUGCGCGGCGCUGGUGGGCAUCAUCCUGCUGCUCCUCCUCAUCGUGCUGAUCGUGUGGCUCGUCCUCCGCCCCACCAAGCCCCGCUUCUUCCUCAACGACGUGAGCAUCGUGUGCAUCAACGUCAGCUCCGCCUCCUACCUCACCGUCACCAUGCAGGCCACGCUCGCCUCCCGCAACACCAACGACCGCGUCGGCAUCUACUACGACCGCGCCGACGUGUACGCCGAGUACCGCGCCAUGCAGAUCACCGUGCCCACCUCGCUGCCGCCCUUCUUCCAGCCGCCCAACGACGCCACCGUCUGGGCGCCCUUCCUCUCCGCGUCCAACGUCCCGCUCCCGGCCUACCUCGCCACCGCGCUCACCCAGGACGAGACGGCCGGCUACCUCCUCGUCACCAUCCGCGUCGACGGGUGGAUCCGCUGGAAGGCUGGGGCCUUCAUCACCAGCCACUACCACCUCAGGGUCCGCUGCCCUGCGCUGCUCACCGUCAACGAUGGACAGGGAAGCUACGGAUCCAACGCCGGUGGCGGGCUCGGAUACUUCAAGUUCCAGCGCGCAGCACCCUGCAUCGUCGACGUUUGAUUCAACUGCUUAUUCGUUCUCUCAGUUUCUCAUCAGUUAUACUACAUAUAUAUUAGCACGCAUCAUCACUUCACACUCCCACCCUCUUCUACUACUAAUAUAUAUGUACACCAUCGUGUCUCUCGUCAUCCAUCGAUGCAAAUGCAAGCGCCCGGUCCAAAAUCCCAUUCCGAGUCGUUUGUUGGAGCUUCAGUACUCUUCCAAUCCGGGCUGAUGAACUGAAGAUGCUCUUUUUCGUAAUAAAUAAGAAGAUCAGAUAUAUACAUGAGCUAGCUACACUAGUUUAUUUGUAGACAACCAAUGAAAUAAUUUGACCCUAUAUAUGUAAGUUUUUUGUUUGUUGUUUGUUGGGUUUUUUUUUAUUUUGUUUGUGUGGAUGGGAAUUGGGAAAAGAUGAUGAGGAGCGGUGGUAUGUACCUAUAGAGGAUGCAUAUGGAUGGAUAUAUGAAUGAAAGGGCUGGCCGGGAAACCUCAGCUACCUUUGAGUGACAUCUACUUCUGCCUAACUCUAUGUUGAGUGUAGAUGGACAGGGAUUACUUCACUUUUGUAAUCAGUGAAAUUCAGAGGGACAAAUCCAGAAAAUAUGCAUGUGUCUACAUGUUCCGUAAGUUGCUGUUGUAAAUAUACUUUUCAUUCAUGCAUAGUAUGAUCAAAUAGUUGUUGUCCAUCAUAUUUGAUUAACUCAAUUAUGUACUCCCCUGAUCUGACAUAUGUAUUAGUGUUCCUUCUAAUCUAUUACUAUA